AUUGCAUCAGCCUUGGAAUAUCUUGGUAGUAAAGAUCUUGUGCACUUGAGGUUAAACUCUGCCUCCAUAUUUGUGGUAGCACCUGGCAAGAUCAAAAUGGGAGGUCUGUGGGGAUGUUUCCGACGGGACCAGAUGGAUGAGUCUCAAUAUGGUAAAAAAUUUAAUGCUUUCACAAACAGCGACGUGGUUUCUUGGUUUGCGCAAACUGCUAAAGAAUUAUUUCGUCAUCUUGCAUUUAGUAAGGAUAACUUAUCCGCCUUGAAAAGAGAGGUAAUUUAUAACGACCUUUAUCCUGAUUUGCUGAAGAAUUUGUUUGAUCAGUGCUGUGUAAAAGUUGCAAAGAACAGACCAACACUGUCUCAUGUUGUAAAAACUCUGUCAACAUUUUCUCUUCCUAAACUUCGCGUCACUUCGGAUUUCGAAGGCCAGUAUCCACAUGAACUUAGCUGCAAAAAGAAUGAAGUUAUUUUGCUGAUUUCCAAGACAUUUUCUUUAGCCGACAAAAUAAAAAGUUCUUUGUCUGGUGAAGCUUGGCUGGGUGAAAAGAAGAAUGGCACUCUUGGAUUAUUUGAUCCUUCAAACACGCAGGAGCUUGUUGGUGCUGAAGAUGUUAAGUGGGAGGCACAGAGUGAAGAUGUGGAAGCCGAAGCAGCUUGUACUUUACCAGAGACAGAGGAUGAGGAAGAUUCUUCAGUUCCGCCCGAGAUCCAGGCGCGUGGAAUCGAGGCUGAGCGUGCAUUUCAACGCGCACUCAAAAAGGGCAAGGUCAGGGUGUAUCGCGGGCGCGUCAUGCUGAUCGGCCAGAACAGAGCCGGUAAAACAAGUUUAAAGAAGUCGCUUCUUGGAAUGACGUUCGAUCCUGGCGAACCUAGUACUGAGGGGAUAGAGGUGGAUCCGUCGAGAUUUGAGUUGGAUGUUGAUCGUGUGAUGAACUGGCAGCUUGUGAAGAACGAGAAGUUUACUUCUGAGUUCGCGGAUGAUAUCGCCAGACUUGUGGUGGGAGAGUUGCGCUCCGGUGACGAGGAACAGAAGCCAGAAACCAGCGUGGAAACCGAGACUGCGCAGAGUGACGUCACACAGGGUGCGUCAAGACCACAGGCUUGCCAGGUGAAACCUGCAGAUGUGUCAAUGGAGAACAUCUCCGACCCCUCUCCAGACCUCCCGCAGGCAGCCGAAGAAAUCGCUGAUUUGCCAAUAGAUCCAGAAUUCAUUCACAUCGAAAUGGACACUUCAGGAGCCGUGCCAGAAGACGUGAAAUCUCUCGUGGCUAAGUACUUACAGAGCCAAGCUGGUGAACAGCAGGUCAGCGACAGAGAGACUGUGGUCACCAUAUGGGACUUCGCGGGCCAACAUCUGUACUACGCAUCACACCCCGUGUUUUUGUCCCCUCGGGCAAUUUACGUGCUCGUUUACAACAUGAGCAAGGAGCUGAACGCUAAAAUGGAGCCUUGUGUUCGUCAAGGUGUGCACGACUUUAUCCCUCACUCCAGCGGAGACGAAACGAACUUGGACAGCAUCCUGUCAUGGCUCGUUUCUGUGCAUAACCUGAGUGCCGAGCUCAGAGCCAAAGAGAAGGGACAUGAAGAAGAGCAGCCGUAUUUAAGACCACCGGUAAUCAUAGUAGGUACCCAUGUGGACACCCCGUUUGAGGACCCUAAGCGAAUGGAGACCCAGAUCAAAAAGAGCCUCUCUGGGAGGACGUACGAGCAACACGUACGACGGCCUUUUUUCCGGGUAGAUAAUACCCGUGCUGGAGAGGAUGAGGGCGUUAAGAAAGUUCGGCAGGAAAUAAGAGAGGUAUUGCGUUUAGAGCCCUACAUGGGAGAGGAUGUCCCUGUCCGCUGGUUCAACUUUGAGAGGGUCGUCGAAGCCUUAGUUCAACAGAAGACGUUUUACCUGAAGGUUUCUCAGCUGUACAACGUUGUACGUAAGAUGUGCUUUAUCGAGGACGAGCUGGAAAUGGUGGCCAUGUUGGAUUUUUAUCACGACCUGGGAAUCAUCAUUUGGCAUGGUGACACGGUGGUGCUUCAAACACAGUGGCUGAUUCAUUUGUUUAGGAAGCUUAUCACUAUAAGACCUUUUGACGAGCAGAAUCCGCGUCAUGCCGCAGCCUGGAACGAGCUGGAGCAAACUGGCCUUCUGAGCAUGCGCUUGGUAGAUCACGUGUUUAAUGAGUUCUUGUGUGAUGGCCAAUCACAGAGCGACAUUCUCUCUAUGAUGGAAAUGUACGGUCUGAUCGCAAGAUUCACGCCAGAAAGCACCGACAAGGAUUCACCGGCUGUGAAGUAUUUUGUACCAGCUCAGCUGUGCUCAUGUCCAGAGAUUGAUCUAGACACGUCUUUCACCGGCAUUUGCUCGCUCUAUAUCUACUUUCCCGAUGGCUUUCUUCCACACGGGCUUUUUCCUCAGCUUGUGUCUCGCUUCAUCGCUGGGUGCACGGAGCUGGGAUGCAAGGACGAACCGAACUUGUUUCAAAACCUUGCUAGGUUUAUAUUGGGCCAGACUGACUUGUUUCUCAUUUGCAAGCAGUCGUUUGUCGAAGUCGUUCUCCAAACGAAAGAGUCUGACAAUGGAAAUGGUGUGGCCGCGCUGGUCCGCGAGCGCCUGGAAUCGAUCUUGAGUAGUUUAUCACGUGACUUUGCAUGCCUUCGUAACAUGUAUUACGAGUUGUGUGUGGCUUGUCCAUCGUGUUCAGCCAAAGCUGGCGCAAAGCACAAGACACAAUCCUGCGCACAAAGUGACUGCAUCCACUUCCUUCCGAUUUCAAACGACGGAAAAUUGAUUUGUACGAAGACAUUCGGCGCCCGCUCACGUCUGGAUGUUCCUGGUUUAGACGAGUGGCGCGGCUCGACAAGCAAGACUGACGAGUUGAGUGGUCUCCCAGAUGUACAGAAAACAAGUGAAGUAGACAACACUGAUAGCGCUGGCCCUUCAGUGCUUGACGUCCGCCCCGAAGUGUUUAUCUCGUAUCAAUGGGAUCUUCAGGACGCUGUCAAACUACUGAAGAACAAGCUUGAGGAGUCUGGGUUCCAGUGCUGGAUGGAUAUCGGUCAAAUGGGCGGAGGAGAUUCUUUGUUUGCGGAGAUCGACGCCGGGAUCAGAGCCUCAAAGGUGGUGAUAUGUUGUGUGACAAAGCGUUACUGCAAAUCCGAAAUGUGCCAUAGAGAAGUCACGCUAGCAGACGCGCUGAGAAAACCCAUUAUUCCCUUAUUGUUCGAGUUUCUUGACUGGCCACCCGCAGGACAACUGGCUUUGAUUUUUGCCAAGCUGCUUUAUAUAGACAUGUCGCAAGGUCCUACCAGUUAUUUUCCAGAAGACAAAUUAAAUGAGCUCUGUCUCAAAGUUAAGGGCCAUAUUGAGCGAUGAUUCUGAUGAAAGAGUUAAAGUCUUAGGGUGAAAACACAGAGGAAUUACGAGAAUGAUAAAGGAAUCCGAAGGCUUCCGAGAACUGGCCGAGGUUUGCCGAGGAGCUUUCGACCUCUACAGCACCAUCGCGCUGGAGAGAGACCCCUCGUGUAUACUUGUAGGAUAUUUUAUAAUUCUGAACUGGAUCGUAAGUUUAUGAAUUUGCAUAUAGAAAAUCCAGGGUUCUUAGCAUACAUUAGGUUGUAGAUAGACGCUUUGGCCCUGAAAAAAGUCUGUUCCAUUCUUCGGCAGCUUGGUUUAUUGUGGCUCAGCAUUUUAUUUUCUGGCACUAAACUCUGAAAAUAGUAUCGAGAUGGAAACUUAACAGGGAAUCUUGGCUGAGAAGCAGUUUAAGCUCAAAAGUAUACCUGAUGGUUCUGAUCCUGGGGUUGUAAGUUAAUGUUUCUGUAAGCAGUUCGAAUACGAAGUCUUUGGCCACCUGGGCCUCUCCAUGUUUAUUUUAUGGUAAUUUUGACGUCAUUGCCUGGUCAGAGAUCUCAAUAUGUAAUCUACAGAGGAAGAUUUCUUGUUGGACCUGUACAUGUUCAUCUCGAAUAUAAGUCAUAACAGAUUUGAAGCCUUUUUAACAUCUGUACAUUCGCGUAAUGUUGCAUUUUAAAAACGUCCUACCGCGGAAAGCCGUCACAGUUAUUUCCCAUCAAGCUUUGCAAAAAUUAAUAUAACACGGCGGCGCGCGGGAAAUCUAGAAUCCUAAAAUAGCAGAAGCGAAACGCCCAGCAUGAAAACAGGCAAAGAAAUAUCGAAUUCAAAUCACAGAAACAGUUAAACACAAACGAUUUGGAACAAAACUGUUUUUUAGCUAAGAUUCCCUUUAACAAGUCUUCAAAAAGAACGGCAGUUUGAGAGGCACUCCUCGCGCAUUUCACACAGACUACACCUCUACACCAAGCCAAAAGAAAGGAAAGGCUUUUUGACAUCAACCCAAAGCUUAGCUAUUUAUCAUCUUGAAGUCAGCUUUACAAACUCGCGAUAAAUUUACCUUGAGCUUAUUGUUUUACUUGCCCACUAACGCGUCCCAACAGUUUAGAAACUUAAAACUUUCCUCAUUUAUUAAAAGAUAUUUAGCUAGGUAUAGUUCGAUAUGUUUCGUCACAGAAUGUAUCAACUUAAAAGAAAUUUUUAUAAUUUAUAAAUAUAGUUUUUCUAAGUGGUUUUCAUAAUGUUUUUUUUUUAAAGUACUGUGAGUUGUAACAAAACUGCGAAUUAUCACUUUUAUUGAAGAACUUUUUGCACAUUUAUUAUGAGAAUUUUUUAAUUAAAAAGGAUAUUCUUUUGCGCCUCCCUUCAGGCGUGAAUAGUUGUCCCAUUCUCAUGACUUUA